CAGUAUAUCUUCAACACCUUUUGCAAUGUCCGAUCAGAUUAAUAUUCACACUGUCAGAGAUGAAUUUAUUGAUUGAGAGGAGAAUAAUAUUUCUUCGUAUAUUGUUUUUAAUAAUAUAUUUUACAGCUGAAGUUGACUGUGCAUGCAAUUUCGGCGGCGAUCCAUCUUCACACAUUGACGUGAUAGAAAGUUGUUCAAGUUGUCAAUACAUCAUCCCUGCCUACGGAUCUUCAUGCUGUGGAAGUCUGUCAAGAGUGAAGUUCUGGAGCAGCAACUAUGGAUUGAUUGAUUUUCAAGUCUGGAAGGAAACGGCACCAAAUGUCUACGAGUUGACCCACACCUUUAACUACUAUGUUCCAGAAGUGAAUGCAACGUUAACCGUGUAUACAGGCAAUGACAUCUUGAUAGAAAAAAAUGACGUCAUUGGCUGGUACUCAAGUGGUGACGACAUCAUCCCCUACUCCAUAACUACGGUAGAUCAGAACAUCCAGUUGUCGGGGGUGCCGGGAUUUUCUGUAGGGGGUACCUACACCUUGAACACACCGUACAUUACGGGCAGAAACUACGGCAUUCAAUUCUCUGUGGCCGACUGUGAAAUCCAUACCGGAGGUACUUUGAAUUAUGGGACAUACACGGUCACUAUCGAGAUUACAGACCCAUGUGGCCGAAGUCAACAAAAGAAUCUGAUUGUUACUGUCAUUAACACGCCUCCCGAGAUCCUAAAUCUCCCAUCGUCUGUUGAUGUAUCCGAAUCUAUCCAACAUGAAACUCUCUUAUAUGCCCUGACACUACGAAAUGAGACCGGAAGUGAUACAGUCACGUGCUCCCUCAACACCACUUCUCCAGAAGGUGCACCUUUUCUCGUAAAAUACAUUUCUGGGACAGCUGAUUUUGGCGUGUAUUCUCUAGCAUCUCCAAAUUUUGACUAUGACAGCAACUCUUCUUUCGAAGUUGUGGUAGACUGCACAGAUUCCAUAACUACCGCCUCGGAGUCAUUGUUUGUAUACCUUAUCAAGAAUUCGGAACCAGUGGUUCAUAAUUUACCAAACGUGAUCACCAUAUCGAGCAGUACGCCAGUGGGAACUAUUGUGUUCGCUGUGAACAGCACUGACCAUGAGAACGAUCAGCUCACUCACUCUCUUAACUACUGCAUAAAAUGCCCGUUCACCAUUAGUCAAUCGGGGCACAUUUUCUUAAAAACAAGUAUCAAGGACGCCUCCAAAUUCUCCUACAAUCUUUACAUUGUCGUUUCCGACAAGUAUGGAACAGUCACAGAUAAGCUCUUAACAAUACUGGUUACUGGCGUGAACAGCGUUCCUGUCGUAAGCAAUUUGGACCAGACAGUCAAUGUACCCAAAACUGUUGCCAUAGGAACCGUGAUAUUUACCGCCAUCGUGUCGGAUGCAGACGGCGAUCCUUUGAGUUAUCAAUAUGAGUAUGAUCCAGUGGAAACUAUGUGGAAAUUUUCAAUGGAUGAAACAACUGGAAAGAUUUCUGUCAUCGAAGCUUUAGACUUUGGAGCUGAUAUUGCUUUAUACAAAUUCUCCUUUACGGUUAACGAUGGGAAAGCAUCGGCCCCAAAGGCAACAUUAAGCAUCAUCAUACAAUCUAGAAACGAACCACCCGAGUUUGCUCAUCAAGUCUACCACGUUUCACGUGAUGAGGCAAAAUCGGGAAGUAAGUUCGCAGAUCCCGGGUUUGUGGUCAGCGACCCAGACGCAGGGGACACGUGGACCUACGAGAUAGCGGAUGGGGAUGACUUCGGGCGGUUCAGUAUCGAUGCCAGCACUGGGAUUUUACAGUUUCGGACAGACUACAUUGUGGACAAGCCUGAAUCAAUGCAACCUUCUGUUGUUCUUAUCAUCGCGGCAGUGGAUACUCAAGGAACAAGUGGUACAACCACUUUGUCAGUCCACAUCUCGGAUGCAAACAACAAAACGCCGUAUUUCCCAAGCAAUCAGUAUCACGUGACCGUGAUCUACGAUGUUCCCGUGACGUCAUCGGUAGCUUACAUCACCGCGCUGGACGACGACUUUGGACCUACGUACAACCAGAUCAGCUACCACAUCGAAUCGAUACUGGACCAUCAGUAUUUUGACAUCGACGGUAAUGCGCUAUUAACCACUGCAAAAUCACUAAGACAAUUCGAAAACGGCACAAAACUGCUCACUCUCAUAAAGGCCACAGACAAAGGAAACAGGCAGUCAUCCGUGACGGUUACGGUGAAUGUCGUACCGGGAACCAGCAACAGUUUCUUUGACGACCCAGAAACUGUGGCAUGGUUUGCAGCACUGAUGACAUUGUUGGUCAUUUUGCUCGGAGCUGCUGUUAUUGGCCUGUACCGUUAUUGCAAAUAUGGCUAUGUGUUCUCAAAAAGAGGACUCUGUACAAGUUGCGAUGGCAAAAAGGUUCAUUUUGAGAAGGGAGGAAAUUAUGAGAAAGCCGACACCGAUAGACGUGACUCUCGAGUUAGCAUCAGUGAAUGGUCAGGUGACAAUGGCGACGUCACCAUGUGGAUGCCGUCAAAAUUUGAUAGCUGGAAUCAAAGGGCAAACACAAGAGGACUGCCUGCAGUCGUAGAAUUGUAACAUUCAUAGAAUAUUCGCUGCUGGAGUUACUCAUAUAACUGAAGUUAUUUUACAUUUGCUGUCAAUAAGUUUAUUGAUCCGUGACAACAAUCGAUUGGCACUGUGUAUUUCACUUUAUUAAAGCUAUACACGCUAUAUUUUGCGUCAUUUUGAAUAACGGUGAAAAUGUAUGUGUUUGAUUACUUAUAAAAGUUACCUUUUUGCUGUUAAUUACAAUGCCCAAUUUGAUCACGUAACAAAAAUAUCAUCAAUACAGUAUUAAACAAUAAAAAAAUAUUUAUUUCUCUGCCAGGAAAGUAAUGCCUCCUCAUGAAUAUCAAUCUAUCACGUGAUAUCGACAGCUAAAUUUAGUCUAUCAUAUAAAAAUUGGUGAAGGGUCAACAUCUUCAUAAUUGUAAUUGUUUAACAAAUGAAAUGGUAUUUUCAGUAAAGCUUAAAUUUGUACGAUACACGAGUGCAAACAAAAGGGAAAAAUACAAGCCUGUUUGUAUAUUAUUUUAUAUAUAUAUGAACUAGACUUUGACCCGUGCGUGCACGGGUUGACAUUGCAUAUGAUAUCGGACAUUUACGAAAUAGGUACAUCAACACAACAUAUUAUUGACAUUUACAUAACCAAGCUUUAAGCCUACAAUAAAGUUAUUAAUUUCACUAUACUCUGCUUAGUUAGAAUAAUCUAGAUAGAAUGUUCUAUAGUUAAAAUGACAGAUGUCCUACGGACCCGGUUUAUCGAUAGAAUUCGUCCCAACUACUCGCUUCGUAGCAAAUAUAAAAAUUAUAUCGCGCUGUAUCUCGCCUAAAUUUUCAUAUGAUUGUUUUCAAAUACCUACAGUGUUGCUCUUUUAUAAUCCCAUAUUACCACAUUAACUGUUUUUGCAACGAAAUCACUGCCACUUUUAAAAUCACGUUUGAAAAUUCGCCGUUUUUGAUCGCCAUGUUAAUGAUAAAAUCCGAGACAUUCCGAGUGCGAUUUCCGACAAUAUGGCAGGCAAAUUCAAACGUGUAUCUUAACAAAAUGCCUUGGUACGACUCAUUAAAUGGAUAUUUUGUGGAAUAAACUACAUAUGCAUGUUCAAAAAGGUUUGUAAUGUACAAAAAUGUGAUUUUCCCCUGCAGAUUAUUUUUAACAGACUUAAAAUGGACGCGAAGCUGAUCCGCUUCGCGGCUGCUACAUUGCAAGUAUAUUGGACGAAUUCUUACUGUGACCUGAGCGUAGCGUGGUCACGGUAAGAUUAUUCUUUCUUAGAAUAAUCUAACUGUGUCUCGGUACAGGCCUUUUCACCACAGUUAAAAUGCCUCCUAUAUAUACCGGUAAUAUGGCCAAAAAUUGCAGAAUCGCCCCGAAACGAUUUUGGAGAAAAUUAAUGAAGCUGUAUUGAAAACAACAGUCAAAUUAUUCAUAACAAACCAUUUGAUGCUGUAGAUACCUUUCAUCUAAAAUUUUAAAAAUUGCAGAAUAUUGCUCUGAAACGAUUUUGGAGAAAAUAAAUGAAGCUGCAUGGAAAACAACAGUCAAAUUAUUCAUAACAUACCAUUUUGAUGCUGUAAAUACCUUUCAUCUAAAAAUUCAAUUCAUAUGAUUGAAGAAUUCAACACUUUUUCACAAACGUUUUUUCCUAGCUGACAUUCGGAACUCUCGGGAUUUUUCUUAUUAAAUGCACCGAGUUAGAGUUAUCUCCCGUAUUUUCUUUGAUAAACAGAAUAUAAAGCGAAUUUUCAAAGAAAAUUUACAGUAUUUGUAUUAUCGUUUCUGAGUUUAUCCAUGCAAAUGUGAUAUUGUGGAAACAUAAACUAAGAUCCUCCCGUGAUUUAGCGUGAAUGUAAUGCGCAUGCGCUAGAUUGUAAAAUCCAAAAAAUUCAGAUGAUUUCCGGAUUUUUUAAAGAAAUUUUCGUUGAUUAUUAAUUGGCGAAGCUUGAUUGAGAAGAAAUAAAAACAAAUUGGUAAUCUAUAAGUACCAAUGACGUAAAAAAAAAAUAAAACAAAGACAGUAAUUAACCGAUUUCUCGGUAUUAAAGCCCAACAUUUCGAGUCUAUUAUUUUAAUAUAGUAGUAUAGAUAGAUACUUCCUUUAAAAAAAUAACUUAAACCUAUGUGUUUCCCAUAUGUGCUAUAUUUAGAUCCUGUAAGUGUUAAUGCAAAAGUAAGGGUAUCGUGAAUGACAUACGUAUUUUACUCAUUAUACAUGUAUUUAUUUCAAAUUACCAACUGCUAAGCAUAUUAAAAAUCAAGUCGGAUAUUUAAUUAGGCAAAUUAUAACGGCCUGAUUUCCUGCGGACAUGCGCAAUGAGGUCGGUUUCGCUCUUCUUUCAUCAAUAUUCAUGAGAAGGUAAUACUUUCCUGGCAGGAAAAUAAACAAUUAAAAAUCUAUAUCUCUGUAACGAGAUGGAAUUUACCAUUGUAAUUUACAGAAUAAAGGUAACUUUUAUAAGUAGACAAACACAUGCGUUACCACUGUCAUUCAAAAUUGACGCAAAUUAUAGCGUGUAUAGCUUUAACAAGUCUUCUUAUUUGUUUGACUAUUGUCUGUUCUUUUCUAAAUCUAAAUAUUAUAUUUUGUAUAUUAUCCCACUAAGUUUUGACUUUGAAAUUGUUGGAACUUUUGUUGGCAUAUUUAAUAAAGAUCUGUUUUAAUUUUGUCAUAUUUUUCAAUGUCUACACAAUCUUUA